AUGUUAUCUCAAAGGAAGCAGCGCAGGAAUGCGAUCUUUCAGGAGCCCGGGUGGCAGAUCGAAGUGACGGAUCAUCUGGAAGUUGUGGUGGACGAUUCUCAGACUGAGAAGAAACAGCUGGAUGCUCACACUCGUAGUUCCCACAGCAAUGGUACACUGGAAUUCUCCGCAAAGUGUCCUGCCAACACUGGCAGUGACACGGGAAUGGAGGGAGAAGAGGCGAUCAAACUGGCAGAGCUCUUCUUCGCCCAGAUGCCCAACCGCGACCUCGUCUCUUGCAAUGCGAUGCUGGACGCGUAUGCCGAGAGAGGGCAUCUGUGCCGCGCACGUAUCCUCUUCGCCGCCAUGCCGGAGCACGACGCCAUCACGAUCACCACCAUGAUCCACACGCUCGCUCGGGGCUCGGGGGAUUUGGGAUCGGCGCGGUUUCUCUUUGAUUCUACGCCCGUCCGGGACGAGCUGUGUUGGAACGCGAUGAUCACCGCGUAUGCCCAGCGAGGGCAUACCGUCGAAGCGAGAAAGCUAUUUGAUUCCAUGCCUGCCAAGAUCGAUUCUUCCUGGAAUUCGAUGCUCUCGGCUUACAUCCAAGCUUCAGAUAUGGCGAGCGCCGAGGAUUUCUUCUUUCGUGCCAUGGCCGAGUGGAAUCUCAUCGCCUGCAGAGCGAUGCUCGCAGCGUAUGCCCAAAACGGGCAUCUGUCCAAGGCCGAGGAUAUCUUCGCGGCGAUGGAGGAGGCGAGCUUGGUUUCCUGGACCGCUAUGCUCGACGGAUACGCGCGCAAUGGAUUCGUUCGAAACGCUGCCUCGAUCUUUCACUCCAUGGCGGAGAGAAACUUCGUUGCGUGGAGUGUCAUGGCUUCUACGUUUGCUCGCAAAGAAUGCCAUCGCCACCUUUCGAGAAACACGAGCGAAUUCUUAGUUUUGGCUGACGUCUCAGUUUGA